CCACAUAGCACCUGCCUGUCUGCGUAGUCUCCUACAGCAUGUUGACGUCAUUAUUCUUUGUUAUACACGCGUAUAAGUAAGCUCUACACGUACUAGGUAACUAUAGUCCAAAAUAUCUAUAAAUCAUUGAUCCUCUUCUUCUUUCGUCCUUUCUAUGCAAUACCCUAUCCCAUGAUCACUACCAGGAUACUCCCGCAAACACCACUCGGAAAUUCUUAUUCACUCGUCUCUACACGCACAGCCAUGGCAACUACAACAGUCCCUGAAGAGAGCUUUGAAGUUCGCCAAAUCUCUUCAACUGAAGACUGGCACCCCGACCCUUCUAAAUCUCUACCUUUGUCUCCCGCUCGUCAAGCACUCGUUGACGGCAUAUUUGCUCUUUAUAGCUGUCUACCUACCAUCGAACGUAUCAAAAGAUAUACGCCUGACUGCGUAUAUGACGACCAAUUCGUUUACGCCAACGAUCGUACAAGAUGGCCGGGUAAUGGUUUGCGCCCCCAAAGUUGUUUGAAGGUAGCAAGAACGAGGGGUAUCAAAUUGUGAGAAGUGAUGAUGAAAUUAUUCAGUUCAAAAAUGAACAGGUAUUGAUAUUCACCACGAAAUUAGCUGAUUGAUUCUAAAUAAUCUUUCUAACCCGGGACAGUCGUGGACCUUCAAAAUUAUUCCAAAAACUGCUACAAUCAAUGCACUUGUUACUUUGUCUCUCGACCCCAAGACUGUCCACAGCGAUUUCAUAUGAGUCAAAUAUCACAAAGAUCAAGCCAAUGAUAAAGACUACAGCCAUGAGGGUGUAGGGUUCUCUUUCAAGAAAUGGCAAGCAGAUCAAGUUGCAAAACAUAUGAAUAAUGAUGAGGUUGCAGCCUUCAAGAAUGAUAGCGCUGCUGGAGAGGAAGCUGUCAGGAAGUAUAGAAAUGGCAAGGGAGAAGCUCUAUUCAAAGAUUUGUAAGUACGUAUAGUUCGAUCUAUUUGACAAA